AUGAGGCCAACCCACACCCACUCUACAUAUUCUUCAUAUUUGAUUCUUACCGCUUUUGCUUCAUUUCUUGUGCUCUUCCUCACAAAAGAUUUUUAUAGCCUCUCUUCUUCUCAAUGGUUAUGGCCAUCUUUUUCUUCUUCUCAAUCCAACACGGGGAAGGAGAAAACAUUUAUAAGGAAUCUGAAAAAGGCUUCUAAUAAAGUUGAUACGAAACUGGAGAAGGUUGAAGCAAGUUUCGCCAUGGCUAGAGCUUUGAUAAAAGAAGCUUCAAAAGUUGGAAACUGCACUUUGCUCAAUGACGACGAUGACAACAACAAUGACGAUGUUCCUCGUGGCGAUAUUUAUAGGAAUUCUUGUGCAUUUUACAGGAGCUACCAAUUAAUGGAGAAAUUGCUCAAAAUAUUUGUGUAUGAAGAAGGAGAGCCUCCUUUAUAUCAUUAUGGCCCUUGCAAGAAUAUUUACUCCAUGGAAGGAAUGUUCAUUAGCCUAAUGGAAUCUGAUACAAAAUUCAGGACAUUAAAUCCUGACGAAGCUCAACUCUUCUUUCUUCCAUUUAGUGUUGUCAUGAUCAUUGAACAUCUUUUCCAUCCGGUCUUUCGCGACAAAUCCGUUCUCGAACGCACUGUCGUUGAUUACAUUCGGAUCGUCUCCCGUAAAUAUACUUACUGGAAUCGAAGCUCUGGUGCUGAUCAUUUCAUGCUUUCUUGCCAUGAUUGGGGACCAAGAGCAACAUGGUAUGAGCGUCAGCUAUACUUCAAUUCCAUCAGGGUCUUAUGCAAUGCAAACACUUCCGAGUAUUUUAACCCGAAAAAAGACGCAUCAUUUCCUGAAAUAAACCUGAUAACAGGGGAAAUUACAGACCUUACAGGCGGUUUUCCUCCAUCUAACCGAACAAUUUUAGCGUUUUUUGCUGGAAAAAUGCAUGGGAAAUUAAGACCAAUUCUUUUUCAGCAUUGGAAGGAGAAAGACAACGAUGUAUUAGUAUAUGAAAAAAUUCCUGAUGGAAUUUCGUAUCAAGAAAUGAUGAAAAAGAGUAGAUUUUGCAUUUGCCCGAGCGGCCAUGAAGUUGCAAGUCCGCGAAUUGUGGAGGCAAUUUAUGCAGAAUGUGUUCCGAUUUUAAUAUCACAAGGUUAUAUAUUACCUUUUAGCGACGUUCUUAAUUGGGACUCGUUUUCGAUUCAGGUUUCGGUUAGUGACAUACCAAACUUGAAGAACAUACUUUUGGGAGUUCCUGAAGAAAAGUAUUUGAAAAUGCAGCAAGGAGUGAAGCAAGUGCAAAGACAUUUUGUGAUAAAUAAUCCUCCUAAGAGAUUUGAUGUAUUUCAUAUGAUUAUCCAUUCGAUUUGGCUUCGUAGGUUAAAUGUGCAACUUGUUAUUUGAUUUUUUUUUUGUGUUAGCUUGAAGGAAAAUAUUUUUUUUGGGAAA